GCAUUAUUUUUGGCUCAUUAAAAUUAAUCUUGCUGCUGAGUUCUGGAUUAAUUGUAAAGGUUUGAUAGAACUGGCUGGAAGACCUGCCAAGAGAGGAUUGCAAUAGUCCAGCCUGGACAGAAUUACUCAUUACCCCUGUCAGAGAGCGUAAUUACCCAGAGGAGAGAGAGAGGGAGAGCAGGACCUUGGGCAUCUGCAGGACUCCCAUUACUGUGACUCUGUGUGUGUGUGUGUGUGUGUGUGACCGUUAGAAACCGUUGGAGGGUGUAAUAUUGACUGGGAGGAGUCAGAAGCAGUGAUUUGUAGAUCCUUUGAUGGAUGAUUCCUAUAUGUGAAUGAGGGAGGACGCGUGUGGGAGAUUGUACGAGUCUGUCUUUUUUUUUCCAGAGCUCUACCCUGGAGGAAAGAAAGAAGAAAGAGAGAGAGAGAGAAGGGGAACCACUGUAGAAAGACAAGCACUGCACAAAGCCCAGACAAAAAAACAGCCUGGAGUGGAGAAAAUAACAAGUGCUGUUAUUCCUGAGGGACCUGCGCUGCAGUAGAGGUUUUGGUUUGGAGAUGCCGGUCAGGACUGGCUGUCUGAACGCUGAACUGAUGCUUCCCAGCUGUGGUUUGUGGAUUUGGGGUUUGUUGAGCGCCCUUCUCCUGGCGGGUCAGUCUGGAGCGUGUCCUCCUCACUGCUCCUGCACAGGCACCACUGUGGACUGCCAUGGACUUGCCUUCAAAAACGUGCCACGAAAUAUACCAAAGAACACAGAACGACUGGACUUGAACUCAAACAACGUUACACAUAUUGGCAAGGAUGACUUCGCUGGCCUGAAGCACCUCCGAAUUUUGCACCUCAUGGAUAACCAGAUUGUCACUAUUGACAGAGGAGCCUUCAAUGAUCUGAAGGAGUUGGACAGACUGCGUCUCAACCGAAACCGUCUCCAGCAACUCCCAGAGCUCCUGUUCCUGAAAAAUCCCGCUCUCUCCAGACUGGACUUAAGUGAAAAUGCCAUCCAGAUGAUCCCAAGAAGAGCAUUUAGAGGAGCCACAGACAUCAAGAACUUACAGCUGGAUAAGAACCACAUCAGCUGCAUUGAGGACGGAGCGUUUCGUGCCAUGAGAGUCCUUGAGGUCCUCACACUAAACAACAACAAUAUCAGCACCAUCCCCAUUUCCAGCUUCAACCACAUGCCCAAGUUACGUACCUUCCGGCUGCACUCUAACAGUCUGCGGUGUGACUGUCAUUUGUCAUGGCUGUCUCAGUGGCUCAGACAGAGAGCGACGCUGGGACUUUACACUCAGUGCAGUGCACCACCCAAUCUACACGGCCUCAACCUGGCCGAACUGCAGAAGAAGGAUUUCACAUGCUCCGGUGUUUUUGAUUCCAGUCCUCAGCCCUGUGGUCUUGCGUCUGGUUCCUGUCCUCCGAUGUGCACCUGUACGAACAAUAUCGUGGACUGCAGAGGAAAAGGUCUGACGGCGAUUCCAGCUAACAUGCCUGAAGGCAUGACUGAGAUACGAUUGGAGCAGAACGGUAUAAAGUCUGUUCCUCCAGGCGCGUUCGCCUCCUACAAGAGACUGCGCAGAAUUGAUUUGAGUAAUAACCAAAUAUCUGAAAUCGCCCCUGAUGCCUUUCAAGGCCUGCGCUCGCUCAACUCACUGGUUCUUUAUGGAAAUAAGAUUACAGAUCUGCCUCGAAGUGUUUUUGAUGGAUUGAGUGCAUUAGAGUUACUACUAUUAAAUGCCAAUAAAAUCCACUGUGUUCGCGUCAAUGUCUUCCAUGACCUUGAGAACCUAUCUCUAUUGUCCCUGUAUGACAAUAAGAUCCAGACUCUAGCCAAAGGCACAUUUACUCCGCUGAAAUCCAUCCAGACUCUUCACUUAGCUCAGAACCCGUUCGUCUGUGAUUGUGGUUUGAAGUGGCUGGCGGACUUUUUGCGCUCCAACCCGAUUGAGACCAGUGGCGCACGAUGCUCCAGUCCUCGACGGCUCGCCAACAAACGCAUCAGUCAGAUCAAGAGCAAGAAGUUCCGCUGUUCAGCCAAGGAACAGUACCACAUCCCAGGUGCAGAGGACACACGUUUGAAUAAGGACUGUAACAGCAAGCCUGUAUGUCCACCUAAAUGCCGCUGUGAAGCUACUGUAGUGGAUUGUUCAAAUUUACGACUGACCAAGUUCCCAGAGCACCUUCCGCUUUCUACAACUGAACUUCGGCUCAAUAACAAUGACUUGUCCAUCCUGGAGGCAACAGGGCUCUUUCGAUCCCUCACACAUCUCAAGAAAAUAAACCUUAGCAACAAUAAAAUCACUGAGAUUGAGGAUGGAGCUUUUGAUGGCGGGUCGUCUGUGGUUGAACUUCACCUCACUGCUAACCACCUGGUGUCUGUACGUGGAGGAAUGUUCCGGGGAAUGGAUGGAUUACGCAUGCUGAUGCUCAGGAAUAAUCGCAUCCGCUGCAUCCACAACAGCAGCUUCUCAGGCCUGCAGAACGUACGUCUGCUCUCGCUAUAUGACAACCAGCUCACCACCAUCAUGCCUGGAGCCUUCGACACGCUGCCAAACCUCUCCACUCUAAACCUGCUGGCAAACCCUUUUAACUGUGAUUGUCGUCUGUCCUGGCUGGGCGAGUGGCUGCGAUCUCGGCAGAUCGUGACGGGAAACCCUCGCUGUCAGAACCCAGCCUUCCUCAGAGAGAUCCCACUGCAGGACGUGGCAAAGCCAGACUUCCUCUGUGACAAGGCGCUGGUUGAAGACGACGUGAGUUGUGUGCCUAAGCCGGCGUGUCCGGAGCAGUGCACAUGUCUGGAGACAGUGGUGCGCUGCAGCAACAAGCACCUGUUGGCUUUACCCCGUGGCGUCCCACGCAAUGUCACUGAACUAUACCUGGAUGGGAAUCUGUUUGUUUCGGUGCCUAAAGAGCUCUCAGCAUUCAAACAGCUGCAGCUGGUUGACUUGAGCAACAAUAAAAUCAGUUCCCUGUCCAACUCGUCUUUUGCCAACAUGAGUCAACUCACUACACUGAUCUUGAGUUAUAACGCGCUGCGCUGUAUUCCUCCUCUGGUGUUUGGAGGACUGUCCUCUCUCCGCCUGCUAUCUCUCCAUGGCAACAAUAUUUCUGAAUUACACCAGGGAGUCUUCAGAGACGCAGCAUCUCUCUCACACCUGGCGAUCGGAGCGAACCCGCUGUACUGCGACUGCCGCCUGCGCUGGCUCUCUGACUGGGUGAAGAGCGGGUACAAGGAGCCCGGGAUUGCCCGCUGCACCGGGCCGCAGGGCAUGGAGGGCAAGCUGCUGCUCACCACGCCGGGAAACUCCUUCCAGUGCACAGGUCCUGUGGAUCCGUCCGUGUCGGAGAAAUGCAGCCUGUGUUCGUCAAACCCCUGCCAGAAUCAUGGCCGGUGCCACAGCGACCCGGUGCACCAGUACAAGUGCAGCUGCCCGCAGGGAUACAAGGGGAGAAACUGUGAGCUAUCUGUCAGCGCUUGUGAAGGCGAUCCAUGUGUGAACGGAGGAAGCUGCUACAGCGACGAGGCUAGAAAAGGCUUCAGCUGCUGGUGUCCCGUGGGCUUCGCGGGGCAGUUCUGUGAGGUGGAUGUGGAUGAUUGUGUGGAGAACAAGUGUGAGAAUGGCACCAUCUGUGUGGACGGAGUGGGAAACUACAGCUGCGUCUGUCCGCAGCCCUUCUCAGGCCAAAAGUGUGAGGUGUACGAGGAGGAUCUGUGUUAUCCGGGUCAGAAUCCCUGUCAUCGCGAAUCCACCUGCAUACCCACCGUCACGGGACCCAAGUGCAUCUGUCCGCUGGGUUUUGUGGGCGAUGACUGCAGUGUGGAUUAUAAUGAAUGUGAGGGUCAUUACUGUCAGAACGGAGCACGCUGUGUGGAUCAUGUGGCCGGAUACACAUGCAUCUGUCCUCAGGGCUACAGCGGUCGUCUGUGUGAAGUGUCUCUCUUGGCUCCGGAGGGCUGCGAGCAGCUGCUCUGUGAGAACGGCGCCCCCUGUGUGGAGAGCACCGGUACUGCAGCCUGUCAGUGUCUGCCGGGGUUCGGCGGGCCGCGCUGCGAAAAACUGCUCAGCGUCAACUUCAUCGACAGAGACUCGUACCUUCUGCUCAACGACGUCAAGAACCGGCCGCAGACCAACAUCACGCUACAGGUCUCCACAGCAGAAGACAAUGGGAUUCUUCUCUACAAUGGCGUCGACGACCACAUCGCAGUAGAGUUACACGACGGCCGUGUUAAAGUGACCUACGACGCAGGAAAUCAGCCAGGAAGCACCAUUUACAGCUCGGAGACAGUGAACGACGGACGCUUUCACACCGUCGAGCUGGUGACUUAUGACCGGAUGGUCAACCUCUCUGUGGACGGAGGGCUUCCUACCACUCUUGACAGCUUGGGACACGUCCAGCCCCUCACCAGAGAUGCCCCGCUAUACGUCGGCGGAAUGCCUGAAAAUGCGCAGUUGCUGUCUUUGAACCAGUGGCCGUCUCUCAACGGCUCCAGUUUUCAGGGCUGCAUACGAAACCUGUACAUCAAUAACGAGCUGCAGGACUUCACGCACACGCAGAUGAAGCCGGGAGUGGUGCCGGGCUGCCAGGCCUGUCAGGAGCUGCGCUGCGUGAACGGAUUGUGUCAGCUGGACUCCGCCGCCGGGCCCGUGUGCCGCUGUCAGCCGGAAUGGGGUGGCCCGCACUGCGAUCAGGCCCUGCAGGCAGCCGCCACCAACCCCUGCCAGAAAAACAAGUGUGUUCACGGCACCUGUGUCCCGGUGGACCUGCAGUCGUACCGCUGCGAGUGUGUGGACGGUUUCCACGGACCCCUGUGCGCUCAAGAGGACGAGUCCCCCGGCCCCUGUGCGGCGCUCUCAUGCCAGCACGGCUUCUGCGUGGAAUCACCCACGGGACAGGCGCAGUGCAUUUGCGACAGCGGCUACAGCGGCCAGCUUUGCGACACAGUGGCUCCGUGUCAGGGCGAGUUGGUACGGGACUUCCAUCGCAUGCGGCGCGGCGAGGUCCAGUGUCGCAGCACGCAGCCGCUGUCCUGGGUGGAGUGUCUCGGCGGCUGCAGGCCGGAUUCGGGCUUCUGUUGCGGGGGCACCAGUGUACGACGCAGACGCUACAGUUUCGAGUGCGACGAUGGAAGUUCGUUCACACAGGACGUCGAAAAGACGGUCGAAUGCGGAUGUGGAAAGUGUGUGUAGUCGUCAGAGAUCACAGAAGACAUUAAAAGAGAAAAUAGUGUGCAUUUGUAUCUGUGGACCGUAACAUCUGUGAGGUAGCUUGAAGAACUAUUUAAGAAAAGAUAACCCUUGCAUGUGAAUGAUGAAUUAUGGGUAUUUUGUGCUGUCAGGCGAGGAAUUAUUAAUGUCGAAAGCAAAAAAUCUAACCAAUGGAUCUUAGAUUUAAGAGUACAGUUUAACGGACAGCAUGUUAUACAGGAUUUAUAGUAUUUAAUAUAAUUGUAAAAUAUUUGUUUAACAUUAAUUUUAAUUGUAAUAUAUAUACUGUUUUUAAUUUCCAUAUAGUAGCCUAUUUUUGUAUGUUGAACACCGACAUUGGUGAUGUACAAUUUUUUUUACCUUUUAGUCUGUUUUCUACACAGAAUUGUUUGACAAAGUAGUUUAAGCUUUUUUUCCCCCAUUUAAUGUCGUCUUGUAAGUGUUUGCAAGUGUUUCUAUUUAUUUCAUUAAAGGUUUUUGCCCCUUAAAAAAAGCUGGUUUUACCCUAUGUUUUAGUUUCUUAAGUUUGUUUAUGUGAUUUCUACCGAGCUUCAUGCUGCUAGAAAAAAACAAAAACAAAAAACAAUAUAUGAGAUGGGUGGAAAAAUUAUAAUUCACUGCUUGUGCAUUCGCUCAUAGCUUUGUAAAUUAAAAAAAACAAUUAUAUGUAUUGCGUUCACCCGAAAAACGUUGUUCACUCACAAAUACACUGGAAUAUAUAUAUAUAUAUGUAUAUAUAUAUAUAUUUUUUUUUUAUUUAUUUUUUUUCUCCCACGUCAUAUUUCAGUAUACAAGUGAAGGUACAACAUUUGUGUUCUUUAGCAAAAGUAUUGCAUUUCCUUGAAAAACUUUGCAUUUUCUUUCAAAACACAUAAUGUUUUCUUUGUGUUCACUCACGAAUCUUUAGCGUUCACUUACAAAACUUUUGCAUUUACCAGAGAAAAGUAUACAUUUUAUGCAAACAUUUUUGAUAUUUUAUAAAUGUGUAGCCAUUCCCAACAACUUAUGUCAAAACAAAGACAAAACGUGCAUAUUGAUAGGUUUAAACUGAUAUGUACUUCUGUAAAUAAAACAUUAGAUAAAUUCUAACAUCUAUAUUUAUACAUCUAUGUGUAUUUAUAUUAGUUUAUUAUUAAUUUAAUUAAUAGAAUUUCUCAUUUGGAACCUCGUCAUAAAUGUUAUAAAAUUCAUGUUGUGAUGUUUAAUACGAAAAUAAACGUUUUUUUUUUGUUUUUUGUUUUUAUGUUAAAUGUGUCUUAUUUAACCAUAAUCAUAUAGUUUCUAGCUGUCGCAUUUCGCGCACUUUUUUUCUAUCACGAACAACCGCGUAAACCACAAACUAAGCCUGCCUCAACUCUGUCGAGCGCGUUAAUAUUCAAACUCCUUCAGUAAUGACUAGCGGUUAAAUUUCCCUCUCAGCUUCAGGUGAAAUAUUGUGUGCCCUUAUUCCCUAUGCCAUUUGUGUAGUAACAAACACAAACCGAUGCUGUCGGACUGAAAGAUGGCGGAACAUAUUAUGAAGUCCGUGUUAAUGAGGAACAGAGUGUGUGCACACUUCUAGUGCAGAGAAGAGAAAUAACACGAUUUAAAAAUAAAAGUGACAAGACAACAGAACAGAACACUCGGUAGGGGCUCCCUACUAAACCGCGGGAAAUUUGUCAGCAAACCCUAAUGAAAUGUUGACAAGCCGUUGGAGAAGGUGAUUAAUAAAGCGGCAAGAGGCAGGUGAGCUGCAAGCCAAGAUAUGAGAACAUUUGAAGCUUUUACGAUAUGGCACUCUAUCAUUUUUUAAUUUAUCAAAUGUUUAAUUAAACCUAAACCUGAACAGUUUUUUUUUUUUUUAAUAUUCUAAAGAAGUUUAAAUGAGACCUUCGGCGGGUUAGAUGCCAUAUUGAAUUUUACAGGCGAAAACAUGGCUGUGUGUGAUAGACUUGCUGUCUUUACAAUGGCAUGCACUGUAUAGCUAUAUCCAAGAUAACAUAAUUUUCAAAACUUUCACAAUGGUUUCAUUCAGUUUUUGCCUACUGAAAGUUUUUUUUUUUGGGAACACGUUUUUGUCAGCUGUACAAUCGGUAGUUAAAUUGUUCUACUACUUUAGUCCCUUGCAAUCUCGUUUGCAUUCCUGUCAAAAAUUACAUCUGCUACCCUGACUUUGGUCAAUAACAGGCUCAGCACACAACGGCCAGUGUUGGGAAGGUUACUUUGGAAAUGUAAUAGGUUACAGAUUACAAGUUACCCUAUUUAAAAUGUAAUAAGUAGUGUAACUUUUUGAUUACGUUUCUAAAUUUCUAAUGUUUGAACUGUUAAUCAUUUUCAAACAUGUAAACCAGGCAGGGUUAACCUUACUCUAGUACUCAACACUGAUUACUGUCAGACUUUCGAAAUCCUUCAUCACUUGAAUUAAGAUUAUAAUAUUUUAAUUUUAAAGGAGACAUUGGAUGCCAAAUAUCUUAAUUUGCAUAUAAAUGUGUCUUGGCAGUGUGUGGUCACAACCACCCUACAAUGAUAAAAAAAUCACUCCUUUUUUUUUUAUUCCCCCCAAAACCUAAACUGUCUCAAUUAUCAAGCCAUUUUGAUUUUGGAUUGCCUUUGCUCUUCCACAGAAGUGAGGGGCGGGGUGAGCAGAGCUCAUUAGCAUGUAAAGAGAUAUGCAGCGAAACGAGUUGCUGUGAACAGAGCUGUUUUUGACAAGGUAAAAAGGGUGUUGUUUUUCAUGACCACUGAGACCAUUUCAAGAAUACCCUAAAGAAUCAUACCAACUUGCGGAAAAUGGGCAUCCGAUGACCCCUUUGAAGCACAGCCACCACAAAAUCAGACUUACUUUAAAAUCAUUCUGAGGUUAAAUACAGAUUUAAAAUCAUAACAAGAAAUAGUUUAAUUAUGAUAAUAGUUUAGCUAUGUUACUGUUUCUGAAAUUAAAUCUUUGCAUAGCUAUGACAGGAAACACUGGAAUCUAACAAUGCCUUAGAAAAAAAAACAGUUAAUAUACAGCAUAUACAUAAAUCCAUAUAGGAAAUAUAAGAGUUAUCAGAGAACCAUGUUAUAAACUUCUGAAACAUUGGUGUUUCAUAUUUUAGAGCAGUCACUGUAAUGAAAGAAAUCAAUUCAAUCUGUAUGUGGGAGUGUGUGUGAAAAAAAUAAGUAACUAAUUUAAUUACACAUUUUUUCUUAGUAACUGUAAAUAAUUACAAUUACUUUUAUUUUGUAAUUUAAUUAAACAAGUCCUUAAAAAGGAUAUUUAUAUACUUAUAUUAAAUAAGACAUACUAAUAUUAAAUAAAAUCAUUAAAAAGUAUGUUUUGAGUGGUAUAAAUGUGUGUAGUAUGAAUGCAAUCCAUUGUUCAUGUUGUCAUUGACCUACCAGUAUCAGUUGCCUUGUUCCGCUGUCAUUCACAAAUCCUCUCCCGUUGCUUCACGGGAUAGUAAAGUGUCCAUCAGAUGCACGCUUCAGAAUACUUUUCGACUGCUAUUUAUGAAUACUGUGAAUUCAGACACACUACCUUGUUCACAUACUGUUUUUCACCUUGUGUGAAAUUAUACAGUAUGUGAUUUUGGAUGCAGUCAAACUGUGGCUGGCAUGGAUUGGGUUAUAAAUAUUAAUUAACGUUAUGUGAGGUUUGCAAAACUGAUUUGCUUAAAAGGUAAAUGUUGGAAGAUGAGUAUUAGCCAUGUGGUAUGUUACCAUGGUCCAUGAUAGCACACAUCAUGGAGACGUGUAUUUGACGUCUGCAUUUACAUCUGCAAGACGUAUUUUUUUAGUGUUUGCUCAUCUACAAUACAUAUAGGAUGUUUCCUAUCAGAUGUUAAAUAGACGUCUAUUAGAUGUCUUUAAGAUAUUUAUGAUUUAGAAUGCAU